AUGGGGGCCUUGGACCCGGAAGUGGCGCCCAGGGCUCGCGGCGGUGCCGCGGGGAUGGCGGGAGCCGGAGCAGGAGCCGGAGCGCGCGGCGGAGCGGCGGCGGGGGUGGAGGCCCGGGCUCGCGACCCGCCGCCCGCGCACCGCGCACACCCGCGCCACCCCCGGCCCGCGGCGCAGCCCUCGGCGCGCAGGAUGGACGGCGGCUCCGGGGGCUUGGGCUCUGGGGACAACGCCCCGACCACCGAGGCCCUCUUCGUGGCACUGGGCGCGGGCGUGACGGCGCUCAGCCACCCGCUGCUCUACGUGAAACUGCUCAUCCAGGUGGGCCAUGAGCCGAUGCCCCCCACCGUUGGGACCAAUGUGCUGGGGAGGAAGGUCCUCUAUCUGCCGAGCUUCUUCACCUACGCCAAGUACAUUGUGCAAGUGGAUGGGAAGAUCGGGCUGUUCCGAGGCCUAAGCCCCCGACUGAUGUCCAACGCCCUCUCCACCGUGACCCGGGGCAGCAUGAAGAAGGUUUUCCCUCCGGAUGAGAUCGAGCAGGUGUCCAACAAGGACGACAUGAAGACCUCUCUGAGGAAGGUGGUGAAGGAGACCUCCUACGAGAUGAUGAUGCAGUGCGUGUCUCGCAUGCUGGCCCACCCCCUGCAUGUCAUCUCAAUGCGCUGCAUGGUUCAGUUUGUGGGACGGGAGGCCAAGUACAGCGGCGUGCUGAGCUCCAUUGGGAAGAUUUUCAAAGAGGAGGGGUUUCUGGGAUUCUUUGUUGGCUUAAUCCCUCACCUCCUGGGAGAUGUGGUUUUCUUGUGGGGCUGUAACCUGCUGGCCCACUUCAUCAAUGCCUACCUGGUGGAUGACAGCGUGAGUGACUCCCCAGGGGGGCUGGGAAACGACCAGAAUCCAGGUUCCCAGUUCAGCCAGGCCCUGGCCAUCCGCAGCUACACCAAGUUUGUGAUGGGGAUUGCAGUGAGCAUGCUGACCUACCCCUUCCUGCUGGUCGGUGACCUCAUGGCUGUGAACAACUGUGGGCUGCAGGCCGGGCUCCCUCCCUACUCCCCCGUGUUCAAGUCCUGGAUUCACUGCUGGAAGUACCUGAGCAUGCAGGGCCAGCUCUUCCGCGGCUCCAGCCUCCUUUUCCGCCGGGUGUCAUCAGGAUCGUCCUUUGCCCUGGAGUAACCCGAAUCACUAAAAGCCGAGGCUCAGCCUGGCCCUCAGCCUGGCCCCCGCCGGUGGGGCCUGACCAGCUCGGGCCCUUGUAAGACGACUCCAACCCAGCAACACCUAGAUGUGCUGCAGCCCAGCUGGGCUUCGGCGUCCAUGUUUGCCCUGUGUCUGUCUAGAAGCGGGGUUGAGUGGGGUGAGGCUGCACCCAGGGCCCGGUCACCUGUUAGGCCUGGGGAGGUGGGGCGGGGCUGGAGAGCAGGGCAGCAUCCCCUUGCUUCACACUUGUACCAGGCCUGCUUGUUGCGGGCCAGAAGGCUGCAGAGGCCCAGGUCGGAUGGGAAACGGCUCUUGAGGUCAGGUCCCACCCCACUCACCCCAGUCAGCCCCUGCUCCCCCUGCAGCUCAGCUGGGAGCACCGCUCUCCUGCUUGUAAAUAGGGCGUGAUCCCCCGCCAUGAGGCCACCCACCGUCAUGCCCAGGCCUGUGCUAGAAGCUGUGGCUGAUUCUGCCUUUGUUUUCUCAACACUACUUCCCGAUGGGAAGGCAGCACCUUCUGAAAGGGAAAUCACGUGGCUGCUCAGAAUGAGUCCCUCAUCGAAUGCGCACCUGCUUAAUGGUGACGGCGUGUGCGGGAUCUGGUUCCCUGUGCACUUGUGAACACUCAGAAGUUAGGCAGGUCAGUGCCUCUAGUCCUACCCAGUUUAAAAGUCCCUGAUACGAUUGGACCGUUUCUUCCUCAAAUAAAUGUACUGGUGGUGAUUUGGA